CUACUGUAGGCUGCGCUCAGUCGAAAAAGCAGUAAGCAUUCAGGGAUCCUUGAUUAUUAUAUUAAUUGGUGUCUAUAUUUAGAUCCGAUAAAGAAUUAAAGGCAAGAACAAGAAUCAUGUUUUUCGCAAAUAUCUAUAUUUUUCUACUCCUGUCUUUAAUACGAGGUAGAAUAAUCGGCACGACGGCACGAGUUUAUUGUUUUUUUUUUUCAAUGCGCGUAAGGUGCACGGAAAGUGCAGCCACGAGCAACAGGUGCAGCAUUGGCGCGGCAGGUUGUCCGUAAUACCGUGAAGUUGGCCGCGCGACUUACGAAUUCUCUCCGUCGCCAUAUUAUACGACGCCGAUGUGGCGAGCGGACUGUGUAACUUCGCGCGUACGUAAUCGCUACCUUAUUCCCGCGUUAUUCUUCCGUCGUGGUAUAAUAAAAUGCGCGGCGCGUGCGAUUGACGUCGGUAGUGCCGUGUACAGAGUGUCGCGCGUCCGCGAUUAACCGUGUUUUCGCGAGCGAGUGUGGUGCGCGUGUGUCACGAAGAAGGAGGAACGGGGACAGCCAAGAGAGGAGGAGGAGGCCCGGGGAAGGCAUCGGGCGACGCCGAAGCAAUCAUGGGAUCAAGUGCUACAAUUCCGCUGCUGUGUAUCUCUCUCUUACCGGUCCCUGCCGUUCAUUCCUCUGCGUCCCUCGUCCUCGCAUCGAUCGAAUCGGAUAAUUAUAACACUGCGGCCGGUGCUGCGGUUCGAAGGACGACGACGAUGACGACGGCGAUGAGGAGUGGUGUGGCGGCCGGAGUGAGAAUUUCAAUCUCGUGCUCGUUGGCGAAUUUCGGAUACUCGAGGUGCCAGCAAUUUCCCCCGACGACAAAUACAAUUUCCAGGUGGACGAAGAUCGAUGGCGAGAGGAACGACGAGAUUGUUGAAAAUAAGUCCGUGAAGUAA